UUUAUUAGCCUUAGUCUUGAAGCAUCCACAGAAUCCUUUUCCACCAAGCAAAAGCAAACCCCAACCCUCUCCUUUUUAAUACAUACAUGCACACACUUUAAUUUCUCCAAUUUAUUCCUUUCCCUUUCUUCUCAUCUCUGCUUCUCUUUCUUUUUUCCGCUAAAAGAAAUAAAAGAUGCCAGCUGGAUCAUAUAGAAGUAGCUAUGAUGAUAAUUCAUUUGAGCUUUUUCUUGAAGGUUGGCUAAUUAGGCAAGAACAAUUUUUGGAUGAACUUAUUGUUGCACAGGACACUUUUGAUGUAGAGUCACAAGAGGGUAUUAUGAGAGACCUUAUUACAAGAGUCUUAGCUCAUUAUCAAGAAUACUAUGAAGAAAAAUCAAGAAUGUCUCAUAGGAAUGUUUUUCGGGUUUUCUCACCUACUUGGUUCACUCCACUUGAGAGGAGCUUCCUCUGGAUUACCGGGUUCAAACCCGGUUUAGCUUUCACUCUGGUAACUGAUUCCAUAAGUGAUUUGAGUGAAAAUCAAGUCCACAGACUCAACAGGCUGAGACACGAGACGAAGGUUCAAGAAAGGUCCCUGACGGAAGAGUUGGCCAAAAUUCAAGAGAGCGUGGCGGCCCCACCGUUGGUGGAACGGGCACGAAGAGUAGGGAUGCAACUUCUAUACACUGACGGUAUAACCGUAGAGAUCACAGAUGAGGAUGAGAACAUAGAUACACUAAAGUCAGCUAUGGAGAAUGUUGUGACGGAUGCUGAUAGGUUAAGGACAAGAACAGCUGAAAGAGUUGUGGGAGUACUUAGUCCUUUGCAAAGUUUGAGGUUUUUGACUGCUGCAGGUCAGCUUCAAUUGAGGUUGAGGAUGAUGGGAAUGCAAAGAGAAGCUGAAAGGCAGCAAAAUGAAGCUUCAAAUGGUUGAUAAAUUAGUAAUAAUUUUGGGACUUUUUAGAAACUAAUUAUCGAGUUUAAAUUUGCUUUCAGUUGUAUGUUGCUCGGACUUUUCGAAAAUGUCAGUUGUGUUCGUGUCGAAUUUUUCGGAAGCAGUUUUUUGGAAGUUCCGGAGAAUCCAACUCUUAAAGAUGCAGUUAGAUGUGUGUAGGAUCAGAAAUAAUGUAUUUUUAAAGAAUUCGAUACGAAUGCGACUACAUUUUCGAAGAAUCUGAGCUACAUAAUUUGAGACUUUCAAAAA